GUAGGUGAAAAGUGGAAAAAUUCAUGGAGCCCUCCAGCAAAUCCUGGCUGCUUUGCAGCAUCCUUGUGCUCCUGGCCAUUGCCGCAGGUACGUACGUUGGUCGAUCGGGCAAGGAAUGCCAUUCUGGCUGGGUGGUUAUGUAAUACAACAAGAAAAAAAAAUAUCGAGAAGAGGCUUUCAAUCAACUCUGUAACUCUGCUAACCGUUUCUUAGUCCCCACAAAAAAAAAAGAACAACCAAAAGACAAAACUAUCUCUUUCUUUCUUUCUCCUUAGCUAGCUAACGAUUUUACAGCAAUGAUUUGAUUUUUUUCUUAAAUUUACAAAUUGCGCUGGCAGCGCCGCCUUAACAAGUUCUCCAAGCUCUCAAUGCCAUCCGCACCAACGCUUGAACCACCGAACCACCGUGCCAACGAGCCACCGGCCGCGGUCGCUGCUCCCUUCCUGGCAGCUUCUCGCAUCCGACGUUUUGUGUAUAUAGCAUAUAGCCACACUACCCCACCACAACCAAGAACAAAACCAAGAAAAAUAAUAUGUAGUAGACCAGCUAUAACCGCCACACAACCACCGACAGCUCUAGACUUUGCCCGAGAUUGCCCGAAAAAAAAGUGAGACUUGGAGAAUCUGUCAAAGCGUCGCUGCUACAGCGCUGCAAAAAAUACGAAAAAAAAAAUAUAACUCAAUCACAACUGCGCUAGUCAUUCAACUGAGCCAUCUAUCAACUCUAUCUAUUACUAUGUAUAUGUUUAUAUUUCGUAAUGUCAAGUAGAACUCCUCAUAGCACCAAUCCCCGCACUCAGUUAAGUGCCCCAGACUAGAUCUACUAUUGCCAUAGCCUAUAUCUUCUAUAUCUACAUACAAUAUAUUAACCUUAGCUUAGCUUUAUCUCUCUCGCUCUCUGUCACUCGCUCUCUCUCUCUCUCUCUGUCUCGCUCCUGCUCUCAGAUUCUCUCUCCAAUGCUCGAAAACUGUAAACUUAAAACUUGCGAAUUACCUGAACUACCAUAACUACUAUACUUCCAGUACACCUGCAUACUCUUCUCUUAACUCUAUAAAUAUUAAUCAAAAUAUAUCCCUAGCCUAUGUUCGCUUUUGUAAUUAAAUAUUUCUCCAGAGCCCCUUUGCAUCUCUCUUGUACCUUCUAUCUUUGUCUCUAUCUCUUUAUCUCUCUCUGUCUCGCUCUCGCUCUGUCUCUAAGUUCACCCCCCGAAACCCCUGACUAUGUAUCUACUUGAAGCGUGGUAGCCAAGGUCCUUUAAGGACCUGCAGGAUGGGUGGUGGCGUACAGCAUCCAGACCAGACCACAGCAACCGAAAUGAACAACAACCGAAAAGCAAAGCAAAUCAUACGAAAAUGCAAUGAACUGAACCGGAAUGCAUAAAUAUAUACGUGUAUAUAUAUAUAUAUAUAAAGAUUUCUGUAUCAACUGCCGAAUCUUAAUUCAUACUCCUUCUCUUCUGAGCAGUCCAAGAAGUAACGAAAAGAAAAGCAAAACUAUGUAGAAAUAAUUAUGUUCAAAUAGACAGAAACCCCUCCUCAAACAAUCAGAAAUUAUAGUGUUCUUUGGUAUAUACAAGGAUAAUAUAAAAAAAAACAGAAAAAUUAGAAACUUCAUCCUGACACACACACAUCGACACUCGCUUAGUAUCACCAUAGAGACCAACCCCAAUCAUCUCAUUUACUUAGCGUAAAGUGCAACUCAGAAAAAAAUAUAUAAACGAGUUCCAAAAAUCACUCACACCGUAGAAAAAGUUCGUGCUCCAUAUAUGGAGCCGCACACGUGCACACACACACACAUGUGCCACAAGGAUAACCCGGUCACACACACACGUAGCCGAGAGUGUGGGACCCAGCAUCCCUGAGCUUUUCUCUCUCUCUCUCUCUUACACUCUCUUCCGUUCGGUGGAGCUUUUCCGGAUAAAGUUUUCAACAGCCCAGCUGUCGGGCAGGAUAUGGCCAUCUCUCUCCCGCCCAACAGGAUGUAGAAGAAGAAGAAGAUGACUAAGAGGUGUCCUUUAGGUUUCUAGUUAUCCCUGCUGGGGCGCCAAAACAAUAAAGUUGCACCUUGUGAAGCACAAAAACCUGAAAUUUAAUCCAAAUAGCUAGCCUUGUAACCUUGUUGAAUUAGUGAUUUCUUGUGCCAGGCUCUAGGACUGAAAGAAUUGCGAGGCACUUGCAUUAAACCACCCACUGUGGGCGGGGCAAGGAGCAUCUGCCAUCUGUGUCCCCGCCCGUAGACCCUGUUUAAUGGAAGUGCCUCCCAUGCGGCGUAUACUCAAUGUAGGCCAGAACAACAACAACAGCAACAAGCCAACAACAUCAACAGUGUCACGUGCUACGUGAACACCACCAUAACAACAGACACCCACCUGCACCACCACCACCACCACCACAACGACCACCGAAUACCACCACAGACACAGAUAUAAUAACCACAUUCGAGCGGUUCUCAUGUGUCGUUCAUUUUUGUUUAACUUUCCAAAUCAAAAUUCCAAAUCAAUGCGGAAGUUGAAGAUGAAGAAUCGGUUUUAAGUCUGAAAUGUCUCUGUUCUAUCUGCCUAUUUCUCAGUCUCUAUCCUUUAUCUCUCUCUCUGCCUCUCUCUCUAACUCUGUCUCUAUCUCGCUCUGUCAAUCUGUCACUGUCUACCUCUAUCUGUCUAUAAGCUAAAAAUCAUCCAAAAAAAUUUAAAAAAAAAGAACAACAAGAAAUACUUAAACAAAGAAUACAACAACUUUGCUCAUCCGUUCGUUUCUUUGUUUCUCUGUAUUUUCUUCAUUAUGGUUACCGUUAUCUCUGAAUUCUUCUGUGUGUCCGCCAUUUUGUUUUAUUUCCCCAUCCCUGAUCCCUAAAAUGUUGAAUGUUUGUGUGGAAAUUUUUGGUUUGUUCAUUUUGUUGGUUAUCCUUGACUCCCACUUCCGUUUCCGUUUCCGUUAUUCAUGUUUUCGUUUUCCGUUUCCGUUUCCGUUUCCGUUUCCUGUUUCCCCGUUUCCGUUGUGUUUUUUAGUCAGUGCAUCCGAAGAUGAAGAGCGCUUGGUGCGUGACCUCUUUCGAGGCUACAAUAAACUCAUACGACCCGUACAGAAUAUGACACAAAAAGUUGGAGUAAGAUUUGGUUUGGCGUUCGUACAGCUAAUCAAUGUCAAUGAGAAAAAUCAAAUUAUGAAAUCAAACGUUUGGUUACGUUUGGUUUGGUACGACUACCAGCUGCAGUGGGAUGAGGCCGACUACGGCGGCAUCGGGGUGUUGCGUCUGCCCCCCGACAAGGUUUGGAAGCCGGACAUUGUGCUCUUCAAUAAUGCCGACGGCAACUACGAGGUGCGGUAUAAGUCCAACGUCCUGAUCUACCCCACGGGCGAGGUCCUGUGGGUGCCACCGGCCAUUUAUCAGAGCUCCUGCACCAUCGACGUCACCUACUUCCCCUUCGAUCAGCAAACCUGCAUCAUGAAGUUCGGCUCCUGGACCUUUAACGGCGAUCAGGUGUCCCUGGCUCUCUACAACAACAAAAACUUUGUGGAUCUGUCGGAUUACUGGAAGUCGGGCACCUGGGACAUUAUCGAGGUUCCGGCCUAUCUGAACGUCUACGACGGCGAUGCCAACCACCCCACGGAAACGGACAUCACAUUCUACAUCAUCAUCCGUCGUAAGACCCUCUUCUACACGGUCAACUUGAUUCUGCCCACGGUUCUCAUCUCGUUCCUCUGCGUGUUGGUCUUCUACCUGCCAGCCGAGGCCGGCGAGAAGGUUACGCUUGGAAUUAGCAUUUUGCUGUCACUGGUUGUGUUCCUGUUGCUGGUGUCGAAGAUUCUGCCGCCGACGUCGCUGGUGCUGCCACUGAUCGCCAAAUAUCUGCUGUUCACCUUCAUCAUGAACACGGUGUCCAUCUUGGUAACUGUGAUCAUCAUCAACUGGAACUUCCGAGGGCCGCGCACCCACCGCAUGCCCAUGUACAUCCGCUCCAUUUUCCUCCAUUAUCUGCCCGCGUUCUUGUUCAUGAAGCGGCCCCGGAAGACCCGCCUGCGCUGGAUGAUGGAGAUGCCCGGGAUGAGCAUGCCCGCCCACCCCCACCCGUCGUACGGCUCGCCGGCGGAGCUUCCGAAGCAUAUCAGCGCCAUUGGGGGCAAGCAGUCGAAGAUGGAGGUCAUGGAGCUGUCGGAUCUGCACCACCCGAACUGCAAGAUCAACCGCAAGGUCAACAGCGGCGCGGAUCUAGGUCUGGGCGAUGGCUGCCGGCGGGAGAGCGAGUCCUCCGACUCGAUCCUGCUCUCCCCGGAGGCCAGCAAGGCCACCGAGGCAGUUGAGUUCAUAGCCGAGCACUUGCGCAACGAGGAUCUCUACAUUCAGACCCGCGAGGACUGGAAGUACGUGGCCAUGGUGAUCGAUCGCUUGCAACUGUACAUCUUCUUCAUUGUGACCACGGCCGGAACGGUUGGCAUUCUGAUGGAUGCCCCGCACAUCUUCGAGUACGUGGACCAAGAUCGCAUCAUCGAGAUCUAUCGGGGAAAGUAAGCCCGGAUGGAGACGGAGACCGGAUGGAGGAAGCUUGGGAGCAGCCCUUGGCUAAUUAAAAUGGUUAACAGCAUUGCAAACGCAACAAUAAUAAGCAAAUGAAGUAUUGAGACAAAAGUAAACAAUGAAAAAUUGCAACAAUUAAAGCGGAUUUUUAGAUUUUAAUAAUUAAAGUACACUAAACGAUAAUUGCUUGGGCAGAAUUAACACCUAGCAUAACAUAACUAACUAAUAUUAAAUCUUUUGGUAAACACACGAAUCGAAACACUAACUCACACGAACAAACAGUCGACAAGCAACUAGAAACAAAAGCAAAUAAUUCACCAAAAUCACAGAAGCAACAAAUGUUAAAACAAAUGAAUCAAAACCUAGUGGAAUUGUGAGUAAUUUAUAAUUUUUAAACGAACUUAGCUAAUACAGAUGUAGAGACGUACAUAUAUAGAACGAGGGUUUAGUUUAAGUGCAAUAACGUUUUGUCAGGACUUUGUUAUUAUGUUGUGCCGAAACUUAAAUUUAAGUAAUCCAAUUUAACGAAUAAGAUUUAAGAACGAACACACUGAAUCAAUUUGUAAAUGCUUCUCUAACAAGGCGGCUAGCAUAGAGAUCACAUGUGAACCCGGAGCCAACAUGAAACCAAUAAAAAUGCAAAGUUAAUUAA